GCGGCUUCUGUUCUCCGCGUCGGCGUCGGGCACGCUGCUGUGCAGCGAUCUGGAGCGAGGCAGGGCGAAGGAGCGAGGGCUGAGGGGUAGAACAGAACGAGCUGGUGGAGGUGGAGCGCGUGAACGGCGAGCCCAACGCGAUUGUGAGUCUCACGAGCAACGGCGCCUUCGCCGACUCCCUGUUCUGCGGACACAAACUCGGCAAUGCGAGCCUCCUCGACCUGCAGACCCUCAAAACCGUGCGGACGUUCGACCCUCUGCGCAGCAUUCUGCCGUGCUAUCCUUCCCAGACGGAGUGGAGUCGCGACCCCGUGCACUCGAUCGCUCUGCACCCUGCCCAGCCACUGCUCGCCGUGGGAACGCGCUACGGCUUCAUUCAUCUCUUCGACGUGCGCGAUCCCGCGUGCUGCGUGUCCAUCCGCGCGCACUCCGACUCCGUGGCGCAGGUCGCGUUCCAUCCGUGGUUCAGCACGCUGCUUUCCACGGGGUAUGAUGGCGUGCUGCGCGUCUGGUGCGAUCGGGAGCGGUCGCUGGUUCGGCAGUAUGCUAAUAUUGACGCGGCCGUGUUUAAUGAAAGCGCGCUUCGGUUUGCUGUUAGUAGCAAUAACGGGAAUUUGGUGGUCGGUGGAGCUACGGGAGCGUUGCAUUGCUAUGUUUAAUAUCGCUUUGAGGUGUUUUUUUAUAAAACAAACAUAG